AUGCUGGAGUUCCGAACGCAGGGCUACAGUGGCUACAGCGUCAAAUACUCGCCAUUUUUCGAUUCACGGAUAGCGGUCGCUGCAUCUGCGAACUUCGGGCUCGUAGGGAAUGGAAGACUGUACAUCCUCGGCCUUACCGCCAAUGGUAUCGUCGCAGAAAAGUGGUUCGACACGCAAGACUCCCUCUUCGACAGCACCUGGUCCGAAUCGCACGAGAACCAGAUCCUCACCGCCGGCGGCGACGGCUCCGUCAAACUCUUCGACAUCACGCUGUCCCAAUUCCCCGUGCAAUCCUGGACCGAGCACGCGCGCGAAGUCUUCAGCGUGUCCUGGAACCUCGUUGCCAAAGACACAUUCCUGUCCAGCAGCUGGGACGGCACGAUUAAGAUCUGGAACCCGAACGCGAGUGCGAGUAUCACUACGCUGCCGACGCAUUCGUGCACGUAUUCGGCGGCGUUUAGUCCGCAUAGCCCGAGUGUGCUGAGCAGUGUGAGCUCGGAUAGUCACUUGAGGGUGUUUGAUUUGAGGACGCCGGCGAGCGCAAGUAAUCAUCUUACCAUGAGUGUGCCGAUACAUACGCCGCCGAAGGCGAGGAUGGGGGUUGCAGCGCCCGUGGGCAUAGCGCCGUCGGAAGCGCUGACGCAUGAUUGGAAUAAAUACCGCGACUCGAUUGUUGCGACGGCAGGGGUGGAUCGUGUCAUACGGACGUUUGAUAUUCGGAUGCCGAAUCAUGGACCAAUCGCGGUAUUGCCAGGGCAUGAAUACGCGGUGAGGAAGUUGACGUGGUCGCCGCAUUUGUCGGAUAUCUUGCUAAGUGCAAGUUAUGACAUGACGUGUCGGGUGUGGACGGAUGGUAGUGCCAUGGGUGUGGGGUCGUUGAAGCAAGAGAACAUGCUGGAGGAUCCCAUGUUCUAUGGAGGUGGAAGAGAAAUGGGAAGAAUGGGACGACACACAGAGUUUGUGACUGGCGUGGACUGGUGCCUGUUUGGAGCUGAGGGGUGGUGCGCGAGUACAGGAUGGGACGAGAAGGUUAUGGUGUGGGACUGCAGAGCUAUUAUGCAAUAACAGCGGACCGCAUCUAAGCUCUGAAAAUCAACCGACAGCUCAUAUAAGAAAAUCGUAAUAUUGGGUAUCG